CAAAUUCACGCCAAUCAGUUCUCUCUUCUGCAAGAACACAAUAAUCAAAACCAAAUCUGGUCCACAGAACAGCAGUCAACAGAGAAAAAUCUAAGAGUUUUGAGAUGGCUUGUAAUUCGGCUCAUACUUUUUCCGAAUAAGAUUAAUCAUAUGACCAUAUUGAUACACUAAUAUAAAGGGCAUACAAGAUAAGUUACUUAAGCUCAUUUGCAAAUUUCAAGCACUUACUUCAUAAACCAUAAAAAGAUGGAAGGAAAAACAGAGAGAAUUCAAUUAAGAAUUACACGACUACAUGAUGCAGCGAUUGAGGGAGACGUACCUUCCUUGCUCGACUUGCUUCAAGAAGAUCCGUUCAUCCUUGAUCGAUGCAACGUUGAGAGAUCAGGUUGUUUUGUACAAUCACCAUUACAUGUAGCCUCUUCUUUGGGGCACUUUAAGUUCACAACUGAGAUUCUAAGUCGAAAGCCAGAACUAACAGAGGAACUAGAUCAAUUGAAAAGAUCGUCACCACUACAUAUAGCCUCGGCAAAAGGGCACCUGGAGAUUGUCAAAACCUUGCUUGCAGUGAAUCCCAACAUGUGUUUUGCACGCGACCAAGAUGGAAGGAACCCUGUGCAUGUUGCAGCCACAAGCGGUCAGGUUCACGUGCUUGAUGAGCUUCUUCGGGCCAAGCCUCAGGCAGCUAAGGAGCGGACAAAUAGUGGUGAAACUGCUCUGCACUUGUGUGUGAAACACAGUCAGCCAGAGGCUCUCAAGUUCAUCAUAAAUGCCACAGAUGAUGGUGAGCUGCUGAACUCCAAGGACGGUGAUGGUAACACCGUCUUGCACCUAGCAGUGGCUGCUAAACAACUUGAGACUAUUGAUUUUCUCCUCAAACAUAAGAGGAUGGCAAAAAACACAAUCAACACUAGUGGCUUAACAGCAAUGGAUACUUGCAACCAGACCAAGAAAGAUGGUCAUGAUGAGAAAAUUUGGUUGGCCUUGAGGCGCGCCAAAGUGUCGAAAGCAAAGGUUUUGCUGAAACGGGAAAACAGGACCAAGUGGUUGAAAAGGCAAAGUACUGCUCUUAUGGUGGUGUCGUCAUUAAUAGCCACUAUGGCUUUUCAAGCCGGAAUUAACCCUCCAGGAGGUGUAUGGCAAGACAGCAGUAAUGGUCAUUUACCAGGUACCUCAAUAAUGGCAAUAAAUAACCCUAUUAGAUAUAAGUUGUUUCUCGAUUCUAACACUAUAGGAUUGGUAUCGUCUCUGAGUGUGAUACUUCUCCUCAUAAGCGGACUCCCGUGUAUGAAACUUGCUAUGGCAAUUUUAAUGGUAACUAUGUGGAUCGCAAUAUCAGCAACAACAUUUACAUACGUUGUCGGUGCUUACUUCCUUGCAGCCUACGGAGGAAAAAGCGUCUACGAAGUGCUCACCCUUAAAACCUCCGCAAAUCGUCCUCUAAGCACGAUUGUAUCUGUAUCUUUGUUUUGGUUAUUGUUGUUAGGAUUCCUCAUCCUAGGCCAUGCCGCUCGCGUCAUUGCUAGACUAAUCAAACAAAUUAUACGCCCGGUGUUUCAAGGAAUCAGAAAUAUUUACGCAAACACCAGAAGGUACCCACCAGUUUGAUGGGUUUUUCACUUGGAGAAAGAAGAUUUAUGUACCAUACAAUCAUCACGAUUCUUAUGAAGAAUGAAGACUUGUAUAGCUAUUAGUUUAUUUUCUUAUGUUAUUGUAACAAUAAAUUGGUUAGUGGUUAUAACCACUUAAUAACCUCUGUUGCUGUUGUAAGCUACUAUAAGUAGCCUUUCUCUCUCUUUCUUUCUCACUAAUGAAGAACUUAUUGUUUACAGAGAAAUCUCCUCUUACAUUUUCUCUCUCUUCAUA